AUGGCUGGAACAGUUCAAGACAAUAACGGCCGAGCACUGGUUGUCUCGUCCUGCACCUUUGCCCUGGAGAUGGCCGCCAUAGUUGCCGAUAUGCAACCAGGCGAUGAGGUGAUUGUCCCCAGUUAUACAUACGUCACAACCGUGAACGCAUUCGCGCUGCGGGGCGCCGUACCUGUAUUUGUAGAUCAAUCAUCCCCAGUCCACUAUGGCGGGCUCGCAUGCGACAUGGACAAAAUCAUGGAGGUCGCCAAAAGACACCGGCUGUUCGUCUGUGAGGACGCAGCCAUGGCAUGCACGUCCACCUACAAGGGCCAGAUGCUCGGCACGAUUGGCAACGUCGGCUGCCUCAGCGUUCAGGAAAAGAAGAACUUUACAGCCGGUGGUCAGGGAGGUGCCCUUCUCGUCAAUGAUCCAGCGCUGGUCGAGCGAGCCGAGAUUCUUUACGACAACGGGACCAACCUGUUGCGCUUCAUGCGCGGCGAAGUUGAUCACUACCAUAAUAUCAAUGCGCGCAGAAGGUAUAUCUGGGACCGUUAUUUUGUCAGUCUGUUACCUUUAGUCCGCAAUGGGUACAUCACCUUACCCCAUGUUCCUGAUAAUACCACCCAUAACGCGAACGUGUUCUAUAUCAGGAUUAUAGGCCCGGCGCAGCGCCAGGAUCUGAUUCAGCAUAUGGCCAGUGCGAAUGUGCAGACACAUCCACAAUUUAUGCCGCUGCAUUCGUCGCCUUUUGGUCGAAGUCAUGGUCGCUUUGAUGGAGUUGACCGUGUUACGUCACUCGCCAGCUCGCAAAUCUUGCUGCUGCCGGGGGUUGUAAUCCGGGAGCUGUUUGUUUUUUGGGGUGAGACAACAGCGGGCAGGUCUCAGCUGUACUUGGGUUAA